AUGUCUCUAAACUACCCGUUCCCACGACUUAUGGAAGAAUAUUGCUUUGUUUGGUUGAGCGGAGGCACCCUGAUCCUACUGUCGGUCCUCAUGCCAGUCCUUCAAUUUCACUCUGUCGUCAGAUCAUCGAUUCAGGGAAUUCAGUCCGAUAUCGAUGAAACAUGUCAAGACAUCAACAACGCUGUUUUCCAUCUCAGGGAUCUCCCAAACACACUCUCAUGGCAUGUGUUGAAAUCAGCAGCCACCUCUGUCGAUAACCUACAAAGGGUCCUCAUUACCUUGUUAAGCGUCAUCCAGAGCUGUGUAGUCUGGCUCAUUGGGGUCUACAAGUCAACCUAUCGCUGUCUACUCGGCCUGGCAAUCAACACCAUCCUGUCCGUAGCCACAACCCUCACAGAACCCAUCCAAAAGGUAGCCACGACUGUCCUGGACGGUAUCGCCCAAGGUGUCCAUGCCAUCACAGACCCACUUGCUGCCCUGACAGGAACAAAGCCCGACCCGCCAGCCAAUCAAUUCCAGAUGUCAAACUGGACAAAAACAAUGGACGACAUUCGCUCAAAGGUCUAUAACUGGACAGAAGGUCCAGAUAUCAUUGAUACCUUGGUCGGCGCGCCCUUUGAAGCAAUUAAAUCCCACAUCAAUAUCAAUAACAACUCUUUCUCAGACUGGAUCCUCACACACCCCCCUCUUCAAACUAGCAAUAUUAAUCAUAAUCCUAACUUUAUUACCAAUAAAGACAAUACCAACAGCAGUAGCAGUAUUAGUAAUAGCGCAUUGACCAUAUAUCAAUACCAGCAACAAGAACAAGAAUGUGAUCCCACAAAACUCAAACACAUCGUCCAAGACCUCGAUGACCAGAUCAGCUCCAUAAUCUGGACAGCCGUUGGUCUCAUUGUGUUAGCCAUGGCUUUGUGCACAGUGUGGGUGGCUAUCUAUCGGUAUCUUUGCCAUAAUUAUCUAGAAGACAGACGAUCCCUAAAGAUCACCGCAGGAUUGGAUCACCCCAGUGUAUCGCACAGCACCACUAAUACCACUAGCACCACUACCAAUGGCCCUGGUGCACUACACCUCCUGGCCCAGGAACAUCGGUACCCAGGGGUUUCUAUCAUUAUCAAUCACAUCAAACACAAAUCAAACUUCUCGCAGGGCCGGCUUGAUGCCCUAGAGUGGUGGAUAACCCUUUUGAGCAACCCCUUUACUCUUUAUUGCCUAUUGCUUGGCACAUGCGGCCUCCUGACAACCUACGCGCUUCUCUGGACCCUGCAAUCCCUGAUGGCCAAAGCGAUCCGCGAGUUUGAUGCACAGGCGGUUGAAUGGGCCAGAGACACGACUGCCGAUGUGCUACAGUCUCUUUCGAGGAGUAACACGGCCGAUCUUGUCGAGCUCAAUGGCUGGAUAUCCCAAACCGAGGCAAUGAUCAACGAUCAGGCAUUUGGGUUCAUCCGAUCUGUCUCACUCUCUCUCAAUACCACACUGUCAGGUGUCGUCGGCCAUCUGACCACCUUUGUCCAGACUGUGCUGGGUGGCACAAUCUUGGAAGAGCCAGCCAAAGGUGUCCUUGGCUGUCUUGUUCUUGUCAAACUGGAAAAUGUAGAACAAGGUCUGACAUGGAUUGUCGAUAACGUACACAUCAAUCUGACACGUAUUAAUCCCAACAUAUUGGACCUGGUUCCAGUAUCCGAUGUUGUUGCACAAGUAGCCUCACUGGUUCCUACAUCCGACAAUCCCAAAUUUGGCAGCAUGCUCGCCUCUCUAGACUUGUCUAUAGAAGCACAGCUCAAUAAACACCUUCAAUUCUACUGGGUCCUGAUCUAUGUCUGGUUGAUGUGUCUUGCAAUAGGCUUUGGUUUAUUUUCAUUCCGAUAUUGGGUUGAGAAACCGGUCUCGAAGCCAAUAAACUAUAUCCAAGCCUACAAUGAAUCCUAUAACGACAGCUUACGAGAUGACUACACUAUUAAACACCGGUAUUAA